GCACCCACUGCUGAAGCUGAAGCAUCUGCCGAAGCUGAAGCAAAGCGUCGCACAAAUGAACCACAAUUUGUGGUGAUUUCAGAGGAUGUCAUACCAGAUGUGGAGAACACGACACAAAAGGUCAUACGUGUAAAUCCAUUGGAUUUACCAUCUGUUAAAGAUGACCCCUCUGGCAAUAUGGACUCGUCUUUGUUCAAAAUUCAAUCAUUGCAGCCGUUCUACCGCAGUUACGUAAACUCCAAACGACUACGUAAGCCACGUCCAUUGGAAUUAAAUGCAGUCACUGAUUCACCCAUACACCGUGAGGUCAAAGCGCGCAAACAAAAGCAACAACAAAAGCAAAAGCAUUUGCACUUUUUGUACAAUCAAGCAAAUGGCUUGGAAGAUGGUGAAGUGCUGAGUAAAACAAUGCGUGUGCAUCUCGCGCCAGGCGCUUAUCCAGUGUAUUAUGCUGUGGCCAAAGUGAAUGGUCGAUUUGGAAAGUUUCCUAUUAAAGACUUUAGUAAUGAAGCUGAUUUUAGAAAAUACCUACAACGUCUUAAGUUCCAACCAAUUGAGUUUUCUCAACGAUAUCAAAGCUAGAAGUGUUCUCUACUUGAAUGUGCUGAACUAAAUGUGAUUGAUUUAAUUUAAACUAUUCUACCUUAUUUAUUUGAAUUUAAUUUUAUUUAUUUUUAUUUAUUUAAAAAAUUCAAGCAUAUUUAAAAGUGCUUUAAAAACUCACAUA